AUGGCAUUGAAUUUAUCAUCAAAAUCCCCAAUCAUUCUCUUGGUUUUCACAAUCUCUGCAGUUAUUUCCACUCAUGCCCUUGACAUUGGCCUCCAUGCUCAUGCUGGCCUUGACCUGUUCAAACAGUGCAGUAGGACAUGUGAAUCAAUGUUCUGUGAUGCUCCACCAUUUUUGAGAUAUGGGAAAUAUUGUGGGCUGUUGUACAGUGGGUGCCCUGGGGAGCAGCCCUGUGAUCGCCUGGACGCCUGCUGUAUGCAUCAUGAUCAGUGCAUAGCUAAAAUGGGAAAUGAUUAUUUGAGCCAGAAGUGCAAUAAGGAAUUUCUUGGGUGUGUGGAGGCGUACAUGAGAUCAGGUGCACCCUCGUUCGAAGGCAACACUUGCGAAGUUGGUGAAGUUGUCAAAUCCAUUAGCCAUGCAAUGAGAGCUGCCAUUGUUGCUGGAAAAGUUUUUGGCAAACCAUAA